AUGGAGUACAAGGAUGAUUCCGAGUUCUUGGAUGAUAUCCAGAAGUCCAAAACCCGAUCCAAGGAAAUCGUGAGAAUGCAAAUGCACUUAGCUUAUCUUGAUGAAUCAGAGCCCGCAAGUGAAGAUGAAAAUCAAGCACCAGCUAAUGCCGAAGAAUUUAAAGUUGUCAGAAAGUUUAGCUUACAAAAAUUCCUUGAGGCACACCCAAUCUUAAAUGUCAAAGACCUUUGUAACUUUUCUUUGGAUCAACUCUUGUAUUUAGUUGAUGUUGUUCGCGAGCAUGAGUUUUCAUCCAGACGCGGUCGGAAAAACGGUUGUGAUCCAUUAGAUGCGUUAUUCCUAACAUUAACUUACUAUUGCACUUAUCUUCCAUUGCAAAAAAUGUCAGGAAUUGUUAGUUUGA